GAAGUUGUCGAGUUUAUGUUUGACUAAGCAAUUGAUGGUCUUAUUUUUCCGGAAAAGUAAGAAUAGCUUGUUAACUAAAUGCGUAUCUGAUCUUAUAAGAUCUGUGCUAGUUUUAGAAUAAAACUGUAGUCAAAUGAAUCUAGUGUAAAGUGUUAAAUUGAAGAAAGCUGAGUGCAGAAGGCAAGUUUUUUCUGAAAUUGUUAUUGCUUCUAAACGAAAUCAUUUACUGGAAUGGAAACUCAAGAAGCCCCUGAAGAAAUAAUACAGAAACACAGAAAAGAGAGAAAGGAAUUGCAAGCUAAAAUCCAAGCUCUCAAGAAGAGUGCAACAAAGGGAGACAAGAAGAAGAAAAAGGAGGUUCAGGAAGAAAUAGCUAAACUUGAAAGUGAAAUGGACCUAAGACAUGAAGAAGAAUUAGCCGAAUUCAGUAGUACAACGAACAACGCUAACAUAACAACAGUAACAGACUCGUUGAACAAUUUAACUGUUCAACCUGAGGACGAUGAGGUGCCUGGUCUGACUCAACAUCGUAUCACUAAAGCACAACGUCGAAGGGAGAAAAAGGCUACACAACUGAAGCAGAGGGAACUGAGCAUCGCUGAACAAGAGGUGCAGAAUCUACAGGGAGUUAGAAAUGUUGAGAUACAGAAGAUCCAAGAAAUUUUGAAAAAGAGGGAUUUGAUGGUUUAUGAGAUACCGUCUGAUGGAAAUUGCUUAUACUGUGCUGUGGAACAUCAGCUGCGGACGGUGAAGGGGCCCACUGCCCCGAACAUGGCGGAUUUACGACACAUCACUAGUGAUUUCCUAAGGGAAAACAUGGAUGACUUUCUGCCGUUCUUGAGCCACCCAGAUACGGGUGAGAUUCUGACGGAAAGCCAGUUCCAGGAAUACUGCGACCAAGUUGCAGACACACCAGCUUGGGGCGGGCAGGUUGAGCUGAGGGCGCUGUCUCACGCUCUCAAGUGUCGUAUCGAAGUGAUCCAGGCGACUGGACCGCCGAUGGUGGUAGGGGAAGAAUAUCCAGACUCUCACCAGCUCACAAUCACCUACCACCGACACAUGUACGGGCUGGGGGAACACUACAACUCUGUCACCCAGUAUGUGCCCGAGGAAACCAAUGACGAGACGUGGAAUGGCCAAACGGAAACAUCGUAGCAAUAGUCAGAGCUGUACCUUCACUGUGAUGACUCAAGCUGAUUAGAACUGCCGUUGUAGGGGCACCUACUUGUCUAUAGACCGUGUAUAUUGCAGGCUUGCUUCUCACCAAGGCUUCCCAGCACUGGCAUCUCCGACCUGUUUUAAUCUAGGGUUACCUGUUGUAAAUUGAUAGUUUAGGACACUACAAUACUUGAGUUACGAGGGAAGUGUGUUUUCUAACGACACUUUUGUUUAUUUUAUUUAUUACAUUUUAAUAACUUUAUUUUUAUUUUAUUUUUUAUAUGAAGCUUUAAGGGUAUUAUUAAAAGCAAGUUUUAUUUUAUUUUAAUACUUUUAAUUUUGUUACUUAAUUUUAUUAAUUUAAACAAAAACACUUUUAUUGCAUUGAUUUACCCAAAUAAAUAUUUUGGCCCACCAAGAAUAUUAGUUUUUUAGUAUUGAACUGCUUGAGCUUAGUUGAUUCGCUCACGUAGAAAAUAUUAUUACACAAUUAAUCUAAUUUUAGAACGAAUAAGGAAUUAAGUAAUUAAUCAUAUAAAACAGUUUUCUCUCUUACACUUAAUACAAAAUGAGCUGCGAACUUCACUCCGUCCAGUAGGACUUAUUUUUAUAGCACUUCUGAGAGUCAAUUGGAUCAGUUAUUGAUAAUCCAGUCAUAAGUUUCAAGUUAUACGUUGUAAUUUGAUUCAUGUUUAUUGUUUUCAGUUAGUUCCAUUCACUGAAUGAAUUCUAGUAGAAGAUCUAAUGGCUACAGUGAUGUGGAUUCAAUGAUGAGUAGUUUUUUUAUACACUUUCUCAAAGAUAAGAGUCUGUAGCUUCAAUAUUAUUUCUGGAAUUGCUAAAAAUAAAUCUUUGAGUUAUUAAAUUAUUAUAUUAUAACUAAUUUUUUCGUGUAAAAAUAUAAAACAAUGCUAAUUACAAAAUUUAGUAUUAUUUUAGUUUAAUAAAAACACGUGAAGAGUUUUAAAUAAUUUUCUAUGAAAAGAAUGUUUUCAUCAACUCCACAUUAAAAUCAAAACCAGAUAAUUUUAAUAAUUAAAAUUUUAAUACAAUAUCAACUAAAUGUUGACAGUGGUUCUUGUACAUAUUAGAUCAACAAUGAUAAAUUAUCAGCUGGUCAGUUUUUAGAAUAACAAGCCAUUAUAAAUGAAUUAUAGAUAGCAUGUAUCUUGUGUAAAGUUUAACAGAUCUCACCAGUUUGAAACAUUGAUGACAAACUAAAAUCUUGUAAUAUUUCAGCCUUGCUAUAGAUAGCUGUCAUCAAUCAACAGAUUAAACCCAAGUACAUCUGUGUGUACACGUAAUCUUAGUAGGGUAGAGCUAUAUCGUGAUUAGCUGGAGCUUUAACUAAACAGUGAGCAGUAUGGCUUCUUUAUUAAGUGCUGCCGGCUUUUUGAUAAUUUUUUGUUAUUUUCAUUGAAGUUUUUUUGAUUUAUGAUUAGCCAGAGAUUCCUAUAAAAAUGUCCUGAUCUUAGAUAUAAUAAUCCUAUUACUGCACAUUAUGGUUGGUUAGUAAAAUUAAUUGAAAUGAAGAAAAAUAUCAAUAUUUUUUUAAGGUUAGUUAUAAUUUCUUCUUUGAACAUUAUUUUACAAUUGAACAUAUUUUAUUUAUUUCAAAUAAAUGUAAUGUUUUGUUAAAGAAAAAAGUUUGAAAAAUUUCGUUAGUGUUAAGUGCAAUAUAAUUUAUAAAAUGUUUUUUUUUUUAGCAACUAUUAAAAUUUAAAAUAUUAUAUUAGUUUAGUUUAAAUCCCUUUGCAUCAACAUUUAGUACAAUUCUAAAAUAUAUUGUGGUCAUGUCUACUUAACAACAAUGCCACACACAUCAUAACAUAUAGUCUGAUAUGAUGUGAUCUAACACUGGUAUGAGUAAUUGGAAACCAUGGAUGAAAUAAUGUUAAAAAGUUAUUAUUUACCUUAGCUGAAACACUGCAUUUUGAAAAACCUGACAUAAUACAUUGUAGAAGCUUUGUUCUUAUCGGAAUUAUGUACUUUAUUUAAAAAUAAACACUCCAAGAAUAAAUAUUUUAUUAUUGUAGUGUUUGUUUUCAAAUCUAAGACAAUUUUUAUCAAGCACAUAAAUAAAACAAUACAAACUAUGAACACACCAGACAUACUUUAAAACAGUAAAUAUAUACCUGAUAUCUAGCACUGGAGAGGGGCAGCACAUGAUGGUACGAGGGUGUACCAACUGUAAAUGUAGCUGAUAAAAACAGUAGAUGUUUAUUUGACCAAACUUAUGAAUAUAUAGAUAUAUAUUAUUUUUUACAUAUUCUCCACCCUUAAAACACAUUUUUCCCAUCAGAUUUAAAACACAUUUUUCCCAUCAGAUUGAGAGCUUUUUUUAUUCCAUCAUCGUAAAAACUCUUUUGACAUUUUCUUUGUUCCUGAAGCAUAGUCGCCUUCACUACUUUCUUAUCCUCCAAAUGCUGGUCUUAAAAUCCUUCUUUGAGAGACCAAAAAGAUAAAAAUCACAGGAUGACAAGUCUUGACAAUAGGGUGGAUACUAUAGUGUUUUCCAUCCUAUUGGAAGCUAAAUUUUGUCUCUUGGCAUUAGCCGCGUGGCAUAACAUUGCUGCGCAGAAGAAUAUCACUUCAGACCAAUUGCUGCUUUCUUCUCCUUUCAAAUGAUUAUUUUUCGGCAUUUAGUACUUUACAAUAAUAUUGUGCAAUGUUAUUUCAAAGAGAGUUGUGUGCCAAAUUUCUUCAAUGAGAUUUUGGAUUGCCUCAUGUUGACCUCAGUUACACUUGUCCUAAGGCCAUAGCUUUCCAUAGAUUGUGGCUCUCGUUCUUAAACUUUUCACUCCCUUCAAAAAAUUCUUUGCGCCAAUCAAACGCAAGGGUUAUUGACAAGGUAUUGUACCCAUACUGUGCCCAUAAUUGGCAUAAAAUUUCUGUUGGGCUCAUCCAUUCCUUAGCCAAAAACUUCUUCAUAAUCCAUGCACUUCUUGCUCAUUCAUUAUUUGUUUUCAAGAAACUUGCAGUCGUUUCCCACCUCUCCCUAACAGUACAGACCGCCUUCUCAGUAACCAACUGUGGGUCAAUGACUCCUUGGAAAUUUCUUAGAUAGCUAAUCCCGUUUAUAUUUUACACACCCUUCUAAUUGUUCAAAAUACUUUCCAAUAAUCUAUUUUCAAUACUGAGUUUCAAAAAAGUUACAAAAAUAUUAACAAAAGGUUUUGAUAUCUUGUAUUGGCCUACUACGGUUAACUGUUAAUAAUAAACAAAUUUAAUGGCACUAAAUAGACCAAGUAGUAUAAAUUAUUCUAUACAUUACUUAAUGCUUAUUAGAAUUUGCUCUCAAUCCUGCAGAUGUAGCAAGUUCAUUUAUAAAACACCAUGUAUUACAAAAAAAGUUGUGCGUGUUGGUUUUUUACAAAAAUAUGUGACAAGUGAAACCUUUUAUUCAAAACUAAUAUGGCUAGUCUUUGUUAAAAGAGUUUUCUGGGCAAAAGUAGAAUGGUAACACAACCAAUGUAAAAUGGGACUGGGAGAAUUACAAUGAAUUCCAAUUUCCUAGGGUACAAAUACACUGACAGCAACGCGACUAUACACAAACUAUUGAAUACAAUGACCAUAUGGAAUAAAAUUCACUGAUCGCAUUGUAUAUUUUACUCCAUAUAUUAACAUCUGUUUAAUAGUUUCUCGUCAUGUCAUACCACAUAGCUUCACUUCACUGUCUAUGUAUUUAUACCCUUAUUUUGGAAUGGUCAAAAAAUAUUUUGUGUAUUUCAUUAAAUAAAAGAUAGUAUUGAUCACCUUCAAUAUAUUUAUCUUCUGCCUAUGCAAUUAUUGUGUGUUGCGAUUGUGUACUCACACCUUGGUAUGCAGUAUAUUUCAGUAAUUAAUCUGAAUAUAUAUAUGAUCAACAUUAUAAUCUGAAUAUAUAUGAUCGGCAAUAUAAUCUGAAUUUUUUGAAGCACUGUCGGACCUAGUUUACUUGAAUUGUAAGGACAGUUGUGUUUCAAAAGGUUAUAUUUUUUAUUAAUUGUUUUCUAUUAAAUAGUUAAAUGAUUUACUAUCUUUAUGGGAAACUUUUGUAUUCAAUAAUCAUUGGAUCAAUUUAUUUAUAAGUUCAGGCAUGUUCAGUUCAGUUCUUUAUCAAAAUUUUAAUAAUGUUGUUAACAACUCAAUUUGUUAUAUCAUCCAUAGUUUUCUAUUCCUGAUGUAUUUUAUUCUUUAAAUUUAAAGGUAUUUUUAAUCUUAUGGUUAUUUUGUUUCUAUCGAUACUGCUAUACUAUUAUAAUAAUCAUGUCCUUGUCUAACAUUACUACUAACUUUCUGUGAUUUAAUUAAAGCAACCAUAUAUAAUAUGUUACUCAUAUACUAUUCACCUAAAAACAGUUUCCAAAUAUCGAAGAAGUUCCAAAAUUUAAUAAAGUGGGACCUAAAUUUUUUGUUCUCUUACUAAUACUGUUUUUGGUCACUAUUUAAAGCCGAUUUUAACAAUAAUUUUUUUAAAUAGAAGAAGUUAAAAAGUAAAACAUUUUUCUAGAAUGGGAUGGAUUUUCAAAAUUAAAUGGCAACAAAUAUGUUUAGAUCAAGCCGAAAAGACCUAUGCUAGUAUUUAUACACACCUAGUUUAUUAAUAAGAAUUAUUUAAUAUAUUACUUGUUGUGUUUGGUUUUGCUACCCAAGUCAGUUGCAGAAAGUUAGAAUUUAGGAAUCAAUUACAAAAACUACAAUUGAUGUUGACUUUAAAUUUAGUUAUUCAGUUCUUGUUAUAGGGUAUGAGUGGAAAAUAAAUAAUUUUUUUAACAGUGCUUGAAAUCAGAAGUCAGUCACUUAUAACAUCGAUGAAUUACAUGUUCCUUUACAAUAUAUUAUUAGUUUGCAAUUCAUUUGUCCUCAUUGAUACAAAACCACAUUUUGCAACUAAAUAUUUAUCCACAUCUACCUGUUAAAUUAAUCAUAACAUAUAAUAAAUAGUAUUUAAUGGUACUCAAAGAGUUCCUUGAGAUGUAACCAAAUUAGCUCUUGCAAUUUUCCAGUUCAAGUUUAGAUUUGGGCUGAUGUUCACUACAGAUAUGAGCUUGUAAACAUAGUAAAACUUACGUUACUGAAUACAGAAUAUUCUCUAGAGUGUGAUAAAAUCAAAUAUUGCACUCAAGUAAUAAGCAAAAGAAAAAUAAAGGAAUGACCGACCAAAGUUACAGUGUGCAAAAAGCUGAAUGUUUCAUCAUUUUUAGCAGGUGAUAAAUUUUAAUACUAUAUUUAAGAUUAGGGAGGAUGGUUCCAACCUACAUUGUAUGCAAGUUUCUAUUCUUUCAAAAGUAAUUUUAAAAGCUAAAUAUUAGUUUAUGUACGUUAAAAAAUAAAAUCCCACUAAUUGAUGUAGUAAUUUUUUUGUUACAAAUGCAUUUGUAAAUUCUUUUUACAAGUACAGGCAAAUUAUAAAGAAAACUUGCUGUUUCCAUUAUAUGUCAUUUUGCUUAAAACGUUUACAACUAUGGCUUAUUUCCAGACUUUUUUAUUUGCCGUAGAAUUUUUAAAUAGCAAAAAACCGUAAUCGCUUUUUAUUACAUUAAACGUCUAGGUAUACGAGAAAUGAAUGUAGGCUUCACAAUAUUGAACAAAACAUUAUUUCAAUACGUUUUUUCAAUUUUUUUCCCUGUAUCUCAAGUGGUACACAAAAAAUUAAUUUAUCCUAAAAAUUAAGCAAUUGUGAGCCCAAUGGGGCACACGAUAGUCUAAGAUAUUUAUUUAAGCGUGGGAGUAACAAACCACCAAGAAGGAAAAAGGAUUUUUCCGGAUUUUUUUUUUCAGUGAUAGAAAAAAAUCAGUAAUAUUUUUGUAUGUUGGUAGGAAAACAAAUUCAUUGUUCUAUACCUAAAACCAAAUGAGCCACUAGUUUAUGAUGGAAAUUUAAAACAAUUUUCAAAUUUUUCUAAGCUUUUUGAAUUUAAAGUGACAAAAUUUAAGUUUAAACUUAACUUUGAGAAUUUUAUGUUAAUGACAAACUUUAUUUUCUCACAAUAAUAAGGAAAGAAACACUUGCUUUGUAAACACAAAUACUCAGACUUGUCCAGACAAAUAGAUAAAGUAUAAUACAUACAGCUUAGCUUAUAUAUAUAUAUAUAUAUAUAUUUUUAAUAUGCACCAAGGUCCUUAGGUUCCAGAAGAUUAUAAUUACCACUUGAAGACAUUUAGGUGAACUAAUAUAAAGAUAAAUUAUAUAACUUAUAAUGAAUUAAGUGUGUUGACAGCCUGGGGAAGCUAUGCAUUUAUAUAAUUUAUUAGGUAGUGAAAGCAUGGGAUAUUAGCAACCUUUAAUGUGGGUAAUACAAUCAACAUUAAUAUUCUAGUGCAAAAAUACCUAGUAGAUGCUGAUUAUGUAUUUUUUUGGUCAAAUUUUAAUGACAAUGACUUCUCAAUACAUUUAAAACUUUUUACAAUAAAAAGUAUUCUCAUAGGAAAGCAAAUACACUAGGUUGUCUGUGUUAACACUCGACAAUAUUGAUAUGGUACUACUGUCUUCUAAUAAUUUUAAAUGAUUUCCAAAACUGGCUUGGGUUGAACAAAACAUACUCUAAUAUUCACAAAAAUUGAACACUAAUUUAGUUAUAAUUAAAUUCUAGCUUUAAAUUAGGAACUGAAACCAGUGAUUUGUCUCAAUAUCUAGUCAUUUAUUGAGUAACAUGUUGAGUUAUUUAUUUAGAGCAGUGAAUUAAACUGCUGAGACGUACAUACAUAAUGUAAAUUAAAAUAAUUAAUAUUGUGUAUGUUUGCUUAUUGUGUUGUGAGUGCAAAAAUUAAAUGUUUUAAAGCAUCAA